AUGAAGAGCAUGUUAGAAAUAGAGCUCCUGAAACCAAGAAGAGUCAUUGCCGUUCCAAAUACUGCCAGACAAAAUAUGAUAAAUUUGCACUGGAAUCCUCCUAGUAUAGGCACUUAUAAGAUUAAUGUUGAUGGUUCUUUUAACUAUUCUACAAAAUUAGGUGGUAUUGGUCUAAUACUUCGUGAUUUUGCAGGUGCUCACAGGGGAUCCAAAUGUAUCUUCUUAGAAACGGCGCUGAGUCCAGAACAUUUGGAGUGCAAAGGUUUAUGGGAAGCAUUACAAUGGGUUGAGGAUAUGAAGCUUGAUAAGGUGAUAUUUGAACUGGACUCACAAUUGGUAGCUGAUGCAGUGAAUCGAGAGAACUUCAACUCAGAUUGGAGGAUUUACAAUUUAAUUUUAGACAUAAAGAGUAUGCUUAAGAAUAAAACUUUAUAG